AUGUCGGGGGACGCAGGCGACGCAGAAGGCCCCGCGCCGCACAGCCUGCAGAACGAUGCGACGGGCGCGCCGCCCUCCAAGCGGCCCCGCGACGCGUCCGAGCCGGAGGAGGGCCCUGAUGCGAAACGCGUCGUCGGCGCCGAGGCCCACCCCGCGCCGGGGGGCGACGGCAACGACGCGGCGACGAACGGCCAGCACGGCCAGGUCGGCGAGCACGGCGACCCGCCGGCACACGCUCCGGAGCCCCACGCCGCCCCGGAGCCAGCAACCGCCGCCGCGCCUGCACAACAGCAGCCUCCGCAGCCAGCCUCCGCGCCCGCACCGGACGCCGCGGCCCAGGACACCUCCCAGCCCGCAGCCGCCACACCAGCGGAGCCGCCCACCGCGGCGGGCGCCCCGGGGGGGCCCGAGCAGCAGCCUGACGCCGGUGCGGCAGUGGCAGACGGCUCCAAGGGCGGGGGCGCGGCGAAGGCGGAGGGCGGCGCCGACGUGGGCGCGCAGGGGCCGUCCGAUGCGCAGGGCGCGAUGGGGUCGCUCGGCAUCCCCCCGAUGGCGUUCAACCCUGCGAUGAUGUCGUCGAUGCAGCACAUGCCCGGGCAGAGCGGGGCGAUGAUGCCGGACGCGGGGGCGAUGCAGAUGAUGGGCGGAAUGCCGAUGUCGGGGUGGAUGCAGCAGGCGCCGCCCAGCAGCGGCGGGCAGGACGGCACGGGGGGCGCGAGCGCCGCGCCGUGGCUCGUCCCGCCUCCCAUGGCCGUCGUGGCGGACGGCGGCAGCGCGGACCAGAACAAUGCCAACCCCUUCGCCGGCAUGGCCGGCAUGGCCGGGAUGCCCGGGAUGCCGAUGCCGUUCCUCUUCCAGAACGCGGAGAGCGCGCGCAUGCUGAACGCGCUGGACGCGAACAACAGGGCCGCGCUGGGCGGGCUCGACCUCGGCGCGAUGGGCGCGGUGGGCCCGGGCUUCGACCCGUCGGUGUUGAUGGGCGGCAUGAUGGGCGGGAUGCCCUUCUUCCCGCUGCAAAGCUUCGCGGCGCCGCCGCAGGCGCAGGCCGGGCGCGGGCGGGGCCGCGGGCGCGGCGGCGGCGGCGGGCGCGGGCCGCGGACGCCCGGGCAGCGUUCGAGCAAGUGGCGCGGCGUGUCGGCGCACCGGCAGCCAGGGAAGUGGAUCUCGCAGAUCAAGGCCGGCGGGAAGCAGCCGGUGUACCUGGGGUUCUACACGAGCGAGGAGAUGGCGGCGCGAGCGUACGACCGCGCGGCGAUCAACGUGCACGGCCGCGACUACCCGAACCUGAACUUCAACGCCUCCACCUACGGAUCCCCCGAGGAGUUGACGGUGCUGGAGAACCGCGAGUUCCAGGACCUGGUCGAGGAGCUGAAGCUGACGGCGCGCGGCGCGGACCGCAAGGUCGGGCGCGUGGACCCGUCGAAGUACCGCGGCGUGGCGCCCGACAAGACGAACAAGUUCCGCGUGCAGAUCACGCGCGACAAGAACCGCACCGCGUACCUGGGGCUGCACGAGGACGAGGCCACCGCCGCGCGCAUGUACGACCGCGCCGCACUCAAGCUCAAGGGCGACAAGGCGCGCACGAACUUCGACGCCACCGCGUACGCCGCGGAGAUGCAUUUCAUUCAGCACACCGACCUGGACACCCUGAUCCACCUGAUCCGCCACGGGGAGCCGACGUACCUCGAGGCGGUGCAGACGGGCGACAUCCCGCCGAGCAUCGCGAGCGCUGCGUCCAAGACGAUGGGCGGCGGCGGCGGCGGCGGCGCGCAGGGUGUGGCGUUCGCGCCGGGGAUGCCUGCGUCGAUGCCGAUGGGCACGAUGGGCAUGGGGCUGCCCAUGGGGAACUUCUCGAACCACCUCGCGAUGUCGUCGCUGAUGGCGUCGAUGGGGAUGACCAUGCCAGGCAUGGGCGGGGACGGCGCGGGGAUGCCUGUGCCUGUCGACGGCGGGGAGGGGCACGCCGUGGGAGUCGACGCGGGGGAGCCUGCGCCGCAGGGCGCGCAGGACGAGCCGCAGCCGGAGGGUGGUGCGGAGCAGGGAGGGGCGGGCGGGGACGGAGCGGGGCAGGCGCCGGAGUAG